AUUGUAGUCGUUUCGUAAGGUAUUCGGACCACUGAAGAGUAUAAACAUGUGCUUCAUAAGCUAGACACGACCGUACAGGAACUACGUCAAUAUAAUGACUCAUACACAGUUCAAAAGAAAGAAGUUUUAGCCUAUGGAGAAUACAACAUUGAAGAAAUAAAGGAUUUCCGCCACAGAAUCAAUAGUAUUCUUGAUCAACUAGAACAAGAAGCUAUUGCCACAGAAAAGAAACAAACGCAUGAAAUUGCAUCACAACUUCAAAGCCACGCAGACGAGUGCGUUACACUUCAAACGCUUCUUAAUAACAGACUGAAUAUUAUGAGUUCAACGCAUAACGAUAACCUUGCAUUUAUACAAUGCGAGAAAGUAAGAGAGAUUGUUACAAGAGCACAGUUACAUAUCCAGAAAAUGGUGAGAAGAGAAGGGAAAAUUUCAAAUUUCAAAGGAAACAAUCAUAUUAUACAAAUGUUGAGUGGUAAAGAAAAGUUUGGCGAAUCAUUUGUAACAGGUUAUUAUGCAUCGUCCGUGUGUAUGAAGGAGGACCAUAGUGUUCACGUUGCUGACGAUAAAAAAACAUGCCUUAUUAAUGCAAUCAGUGAAUUAAAUAAUUCACAAAUAGCGAUCACAGACUUUAACAACAACCGAUUGAAACUUCUGGAUGCUGUCUUCGAAAUAGUAUGUGUCUUCGAUUUACCAUGUGCUCCUAAUGAUGUUUGCCGAAUAAAUAACAAUAGUAUUGCUGUGGCACUUAACAAUAAUACACUACUUGUAUUCAAUGUAAUAGAAUCUGGAUUCAAGUUGAUCAGACAAAUAAAGUUUCCGUUUAGCUGUAAUGCUGUAGCUUGCCACAAAGAUAAUUUAUACAUCGCAGCCGACACUGAUCUGUAUACGUCGACUGUCAAAGGACAUAAUCGAAAGAGGAUAAACAAUACCACUCUAGAACCAGGUUCCGUCAACUUUUGCAAAGUCAGCAAUGAUGGUGGGCACAUCUAUAUAACUGGUAACAACGAGAUCGUGAUAGCAGAUAUAUCGUCUCAUAGUUUUGACAGAAUUGAUAAACAUCCUGGCAUGAAAGAUUCAAGAGGGAUGCACAUAACGGAAUGUGGUAACGUGUUGGUAUGCGAUCAAGGUAGGCAACGCGUUUUCAUUAUGGAAGGGAAAAGGUUAUCAUCUUUUAUUGACUCUUUAGAAUAUUGCCCUCCUAUGCCCAUUGCGGUGUGCUAUACACGUCAUAACCCGUGCCUGAUUAUUGGACACCAAGACAGGAACACAAUAACAGUGCUUCGACUUAAUAUAUCCAUUUAAGGUUAAUGUUUAAACGCGUUUAGCGUUCAGUAUUUAAAAAGUUAACCAUUAACGCUUAAAUUUUGGAAAAAUGAAAACACGGGCAUCGAUUUGCUUGUACCAUGUGUUAAACUUCGUUACUUUCUUUAUAUAAAUAACUUCA